AUGGGCGGAGCUCCCUCAGUGCAGGUCGUCAUGGUAGGACUUGAAGGGACUGGGAAGACCACCAUCUUGUACAGGCUCAAAUUUGGCCAGUACACCAGCUCCAUCCCCACCAUCGGGUUCAACCACGAGAAAAUCGAAAUCACAGAAGGAAAAGCUAAGGGGGUGACGUUCACUGUCUGGGACAUCGGGGGUAAGGACAACAUGCGACCGCUGUGGAAGUCCUACCUGCGAUCUGCAGACGGGAUUCUGUUUGUCGUUGACAGCAGUGAUAAAGAGAGCAUGGAAGAGGCCCGGAUCGAGCUGAUGAAACUGGUAAAAACUCAAAACCCGCACAACAUUCCCACGCUGGUCAUCGCCAACAAGCAAGAUUUGCGUGAGUCGUUGCCGCCCGAGGAGGUGGCGAAAGCAGUCGGGGUGAGUGAACUGUCCUCUAGUCACGCCUGUCAGCUGCUGUCCUCGUGUGCUGUCACUGGCGAGGGUCUGGCUGACGCCAUGGACGUCAUGUAUGACAUGAUUAGGAAAUGGAAGAAAGGAAAAGGGAAAAACAGAUAG